CUUCCCCUAUCCACAGGAGUCGGCAAAUCAUGCCUGUUGCUUCAAUUCACCGAUAAGCGCUUCCAACCGGUGCAUGAUCUGACGAUCGGUGUUGAAUUUGGAGCUCGGAUGAUCACCAUCGAUGGCAAGCAGAUCAAGCUGCAGAUCUGGGACACGGCCGGCCAGGAAGCGUUCCGCUCGAUUACUCGUUCCUACUAUCGGGGUGCCGCCGGAGCGCUGUUGGUGUACGAUAUCACCCGGCGUGAGACGUUCAAUCAUCUGACCACCUGGCUGGAGGAUGCCCGGCAGCACUCGAACUCGAACAUGGUGAUCAUGUUGAUUGGAAAUAAGAGUGAUUUGGAGUCUCGUCGUGAUGUGAAAAAAGAGGAAGGCGAAGCCUUCGCCCGAGAGCAUGGCCUAGUAUUUAUGGAAACUUCUGCUCGUACAGCGGCGAAUGUGGAGGAAGCUUUCAUCAAUACCGCAAAGGAGAUCUACGAGAAAAUUCAGGAAGGUGUGUUUGAUAUCAACAAUGAGGCAAACGGUAUCAAGAUUGGUCAGGCCCACUCGCCGACCAAUCCUUCCCUAGGCAGUGGAAACAAUUCUGGUGGCCAGACUAGCAGUGGUUGCUGUUAAAAUAUAUUGGAGACAUAAACAUCACACACAUUGCUGCAUUGUUCAGUUCUGGCAGAUUGGGUGCAAUGGAAAGUGAAAAGUGAUUAGGCAAAAAUUUGUACCCGAGCACCGUGCAGGACUUUGUAUAAACAAACAAACAAACAAUGACGAAAUUCGUAAUGAGCUCCUAGAAACAUACAGAUAAUAUAAUUCUUAUGGAAGAUUGGAUCUGUGCAAGCGGGACGUGAGUUGUGAAUGUUGUAAAAUGAAUUAUACAUUUUUUAAUUUUAUUAAUGCCAACGCAAAUCUGAUAGACAUAAAAGACCAGGCAGUGAGAUAAACUGAUCAUUUCCGUUUUUGUUAACCAUGUUCAUAACGUAGAAUGAAAAAAUGCGGUAACAACUUUUUGAUGCUAAUAGCCCUUUAUACGCUCAUCUGUCAUUGAAUUGUCGCCUGGUAUUUGGCAUGAGAGCGUUUAAUGGGUUUGAAAAUAAACCAAUUACCUUACUGCAUGUUUAGUAAUAUCUUAAAGUUAAAUCAUAUUAUCAACUACGAACAACUACUGAAUUUCUAGUGUAAUCCUGAACCAUUAAUGCAAACUUUUAUUGAUCUACAUAGAUAAAAAAUAGCUUUUACCAAAUCGUGUUGAUUGUCUUAGCCAAGACAUUUUACAGAUUCAUAUUCGAGUUUCAGCUUAAAUCAAAACGAUUACGAUUGGGGCUACAUGCAUUCCACAGCUCUCCUCUUUCUAUGGAUAGGAAAAAAAUCUUCCAAAUUGUCGAUUAUUAUUUUAAUGUAUGUCCAACCAGGAACUGUGUUUUGCUCUAAUUCGAUGUGAUGUGCGAUAUGGAAACGUGCUUGUGGUGUGCAUUUUUCAAAGAAUGAAAUUGAAGUCCCUCUAUUGGUUUUAGCUAUGAUUUUAGAAAUUACACAUUUGUGUUAAAGAACCUAAACAAAACAGUGAAAUGAUUAUGUGUCGUUUCACCCACGAUUACUUUUCAGUUGUAAUCAAUUAAAGUUUAAAACAAAUAACAUAAACAAUAAAUAAUUAGUUCUAACAA